CAGAAAUCGAGAAAUACGCUGGUGUCUAUGUUGCUCGCCAGGUGACGCAAAUGGUCAUUGUAAGCAAAAUGGCGGAAAGCAAUGACUUGUCAGCAUCCCAAACAGAGAAACUGUUACAAUUUCAGGAUCUCACGACGAUAGAAGACCUCGAAAGGUGUCGAGAAAUACUGGACAGGCACAACUGGGACCUCGAGGUCGCCGUUCAAGACACGUUAAACAUCCAGGAAGGCGCACCGUCCGUCUACUCGCCACCUUCUAGUCGGCAGCCAUCGGUCGUGGUCGAUCAUGCGGACCAAAGGUUAUUCUACUCUGUCCAGAGUUGGCAGCCCAGUGGUCUUCUGGGAUGGGGCAAAUUCAUCAUCACCUUCCCUUUCUCCUUCUUCUACAACACCUUGUUAAACAUCAUCCGGUAUGCGUGGAGGAUAAUUUGGCCAGGACCAAGAAGAUUGGGUACAGAUCCCCUGGCUGAUGUGCUGAACUUCAUUCAGACCUUUGAGACAAGAUAUGGGAGCAAUCAUCCAGUCUUUUACCAGGGCACAUACAGCCAGGCCUUAAAUGAUGCAAAGCGUGAGCUGAAGUUCCUUCUCAUAUACCUGCAUGGUGAUGACCACCAAGACACACCGACGUUUUGCAGGAACGUUCUGUCCCACCAGCCACUAAUAGACUUCAUCAACGGACACAUGCUGUUCUGGGCGUGUUCCGUCAACCACUCCGAAGGUUACCGAGUGUCACAGGCACUUCGGGAGAACACAUACCCAUUCCUGGCCAUGAUAGUGUUGCGGGACCACCGUAUGACGGUGGUCGGCCGUCUCGAAGGCCUCAUGGAGCCGGACACGGUCUUGUUGCGGCUUCAGCAAAUCAUGGUCGACAACGAAGCUGCUCUCAUCACGGCACGCAUGGAGAGGGACGAGCGAUCCUUGACGCAGAGCUUGCGGCAGCAGCAGGACGAGGCGUACCAGGCCUCGUUGCUCGCCGACCAGGAGAAGGAGAGGCGGCGACUCGAGCAGGUCAAGCGUCAAGAGGAGGAAGAGCAGCGCCAGCGGGAGCAGGCUCUCCAGGAGCAGCAGAGGAAAGAGGAGAUUCAGCGUAUGAAGCUGGAGCUCGUGGACCAGAUCCCUGAGGAGCCGCCUGAUUCGGACCCUGGGAGCAUCCACCUCGUCAUCAAACUUCCAACGGGAACCCGUCUCGAGAGGCGGUUCAGGCGGACACAGUCACUCAAGUAUCUGUACUUCUACGUGUUCUGCCAAGCGGACGCGCCCAACAGCUUCGAGAUCAUCACAAAUUUCCCGCGGCGGACACUGCCCUGUGAGCCCACACACGAGUGCCCCGAGCCGCCAAGUUUUGCCGAGAUUGGACUCGGGAAGACAGAGACUGUGUUUGUCCGCGACCUGGACGCGUGAGCAUCAUCAGACUGCACCCGCCAACCUAGGGUUUUUUUUCUCUCUUGCCGCUGCCACUGCUGCUGCUAUUGGUUCCUUCCGUUCUUUACCCUCCCAGCGUAGCUGGCAACUGUUGGCUGUGCGCGACUACAAGCCAUCCAUUAUUUUUUUUUGUCUUCGUUCUGGGCUUUAGUUGUUGUCACGAGACCUUGUUCACUCUCAUACUAUGCGCAGUUAUAAACUGAGAGUUUGCUCUCGGGUCGCCUUGGAGCUCUCUUAGAGUUCUUUUUUUUUUUUUUUUUUUUCGCGGGAUGGAGACAUGGUGAGGAACAAAAACAAUAGAGUUACGCACGCUAAUGCGUCGAGAGGGUUUUUUUUUGUUUUCCUCGUAGCCUCCUUUCUACAGUUUUGCGACGUGUGAAUUGCACGGUGAGGUACCGCAGGCAUGUCGCCGCUCAAACUGCACAGCUCCGCCACUGGGAGGUGCACAGCACCACUCAUGACCUGGCAAAUGUUGUUAACGAGCCGCGUAAUUUUUUGGUGACCCUGUUUGUUUGUGAUAAGGAUGCAGGCAUGCAGCAGCAACUUCCUUUUAGUUAAGAACCAUUUUUUCGUUUUUUUUAUAUAGUAACGGAAGUCAGUGCAGGUUCACCUGAAUGGUGGUGAAGUUCAUCGAUAAUAUGUAGAUAUCAAUGGAGGGUCACCAAACGUGAUGGACGAUCGGUGCCCGUUUAUUGUGCACAAAACCGUAGAAAGGGGGCUUCUUUUUUCGUUCAUCUCCUCUACCAGUUUCAGUUCAUUGGAAGAUGACGGAAAAACAUGGUUAAGUUCAUGGGUGAACUCUACACUUGAACUACCUUUGUUAACCUGUUUUUCUCGUGUUGUCUGGGUAGUAUUCCUGCUGUUUGUAAAGGAGAAAGAGAUAUCUGCUUUGGCUUCCAGCAAACCGCUGAGGUAUGUAUACAGCACAUGCCAGUUUUAGGAUUUUUCUUUGUUACUUUUGGAUGACAAGCAAACAUUUCCAUGACACUUGAUGUCUUCUUUUUUUCCUAUGUGUCUGAAUUUAAUGACAGGUAGCAUUUCUCACAGAAACGGGAAAAAAAAAAUUGUGUUCGCCAGUCUAACUGUGACAAGGUGCUCCGCAGGAAAGUGUUCAUUGUUUUUCCCCGAGGCAUUUAAUUACCGAAAGCCGCAGGCCAAGCUGGCCCAAAAACUUCGUAUCGGUUCCAUAACCACUUUGGCUUGACGCUAGCCGUGCAUAGCUCGAAAGGAGUCUUUUCUCGUCGCUUACUGGUUGAAAAAUUCUUACGACAAAGGCUUAACGGUUAGAUUGGUGUGAGCCAAGACGUGGUGGACAAGAUCGAGAAGAGGUUGCCGGUGUGAAUUGAUAAACAUGCAGAAAUAAAUUGUAAGAAAAAUAUAUAUACACGUUUGGUCAAGGGAUGGCAGCCUGCCUCAGAAACGGUGCGAGCUGCAUUGCGUCGAGCUAGAGUUGACUUCGAGUUGUGUGUUGCGGUAUUAUCAUGCUUAUGGCGUUUUUUUAUUGUUGGUUUGACAGCGAUGUCUGUGUUACAAAAAGACAUAAUUGGAAGACAUGCUGAUGUUGUAGUGACGAAACCCUGCUUUGAGUUGACCUCUGGAUGACGGGUUCUGCCACAGAAAUUCCCGUCACUACAAUGUUGUACUGCAGCACUGCAUCCCAAAGCAACCGUAUUUUAUUAAAUUACAAUGAAAUAUGUUUUGCUUUGUUAAUAAACCAAUUUCAAAGCCCAGCAUGUCACUCUUAUAUGUCCGACAAAAUAUGCACAAUUUAUUUUCUUUCUUGGGAAAAAGAAAUUUCUAAUGAGUGCAUAUGCAGUCUAACCGUGCAUACUUAGUUAAUUACAUUGUUGAAUAUGGUACGCUAUAGUGUGCACAAUGCAAAGAUGACAGUGCGGCAUCUAAUUUGAUGAACCUCGUGACUCCCGCAUCUCUGCGACUCUGACCUUGUGGUGUUGUGAAUAGAAGAUGUGAAAUUUGUGAGAUAGGUCUUUUUUGUUUCUUCCUUGAAUUUUUACUACUACAGGAUUCAUUUGUUUCAAGCGUGUUUGUUGUAGCUUUGUCGCGAUUGCGCCAAGUACUCUGGAGAGCUGCAUUUUGAAAAAUGCGGGCACAUUUCAUUUGAACUCCUUCGACGCCAUGCUCUUUAGGUUCCUUCUUUUCUUACUGUCGUCAGCACCGGGCAGCAUGAUGUAAUUAUUUAUAUGGAGAAGUAUCUACAAGAUAUAUAGGAGGGAGAGAGGGUAAAGCUUUGUGGCGUCUUUUGAGGGCAAGCAGUGCACCGGUUGUGUGUUGCCCAGCUACUGAUUUUGAUGUAGCCACGAGCUCAGCUGAUGUGCCUGAUUUUUACAUCAAUAAAAAAAACAGAAUAAUGUA